CGGCGGCAGCAGCAGCGAGACGCGCCGGGCUCCGCCGCUCCGCGCCGCUCCGCGCCCCUCCGCACACCCCCCCCCCCCUCCUCCCCAACCCACCCACACACCUCCUGCAAACUUUUGCCGGGGUUCAGCCGCCCCGCCGUACCUCCCGGUAGGCGAAGUCGGGGCCGUGCCCUCGCCCCGGUGGCUGUCCCUGGCCGGGGGGGGGGGCUCCCGGUUUCUUUUCUUUGGGUUUUAUUGAGGUUUUUUUCUUUUUUUUUUUUUUUUUUUUUUUUUUUUUCCGCGGGGAGGAGUGGGGAAGGGAAGGGGCUAUAAAGCGCGAAGGGACGUCCGUGACACAGUCCCCGUUGCAGCCCGUCCCCGCCGGAGCCGGGGGAGUUAGGUAAACACCCGCCCCCCUAAAAAAAAAAAAAAAGCCUCCACCGCCCCCUUCGCCCCCGCGGGCGGGACACGACGGGACGGGACCGGACGCCGCAAGGAUGCUCCUGCUGCGCUGCCCGCUGCUGCUGCUGCUGCUGCUGCCGCUCAGCUCCAGGCCCCAGAAGUUACCUACCAGAGAUGAGGAGCUCUUCCAAAUGCAGAUCCGGGACAAAGCAUUUUUUCAUGAUUCAUCAGUCAUCCCAGAUGGAGCCGAAAUUAGCAGCUACCUCUUCCGAGACACCCCUAAAAGGUAUUUCUUUGUGGUUGAAGAGGACAACACUCCCUUAGCAGUGACGGUGACACCAUGCGAUGCACCUCUGGAGUGGAAACUGAGCGUGCAAGAGCUCCCAGAGGAAGCCAGUGGAGAAGGUUCAGGUGAACCAGAACCUCUUGAGCAACAGAAACAGCAGAUUACUAAUGAGGAAGGCACAGAGCUGUUCUCUUACAAAGGCAAUGAUGUUGAGUACUUUGUGUCCUCUAGUUCCCCAUCUGGUUUGUACCAACUAGAUCUGCUGUCGACAGAGAAAGAUACGCAUUUUAAAGUGUAUGCAACCACUACUCCAGAGUCAGAUCAACCUUAUCCUGAAUUACCUUACGAUCCCAGAAUCGAUGUCACUUCUCUGGGACGUACAACAGUGACGCUGGCGUGGAAACCAAGUCCCACCGCCUCCUUACUGAAACAGCCAAUUCAGUAUUGUAUAGUCAUCAGUAAAGAACACAAUUUCAAAAGCCUCUGUGCUGUUGAAGCCAAGCUCAGUUCUGAUGAUGCCUUCAUGAUGGCUCCAAAACCAGGUCUGGAUUUCAGUCCAUUUGACUUUGCCCAUUUUGGCUUCGCCUCAGACAACAACUCUGGCAAAGAACGUGGUUUCCUAAAAUCAUCAUCAAAGUUUGGGCGCCAGACGUCCUCAAAGCCAAGAGUUGAUCUGCAUAAAGUUUGUAUUGGGAACAAGAACAUCUUCACAGUGUCUGACUUGAAGCCCGAUACGCAGUACUACUUUGACAUGUUUGCAGUAAAUACCAACACUAACAUGAGCACUGCAUACGUUGGCACCUUUGCCAGAACGAAGGAGGAGGCUAAACAGAAAACAGUCGAACUGAAGGAUGGCAAAGUUACAGAUGUAUUCAUCAAGAGAAAGGGAGCCAAAUUUCUACGGUUUGCUCCUGUUUCAUCUCACCAAAAAGUCACCUUCUCUGUUCAUUCGUGCCUGGAUGCUGUUCAGAUCCAAGUUAGAAGAGAUGGAAAACUUCUCUUGUCUCAAAACGUGGAGGGUGUGCGGCAGUUCCAGCUUCGGGGAAAAGCAAAAGCUAAGUAUCUCAUCAGGCUGAAAGGAAGCAAAAAAGGUGCUUCUAUGCUGAAGAUCCUGGCUACAACAAGGCCUAACAAGCAGUCGUUUCCUUCUCUUCCUGAAGAUACGCGAAUCAAAGCCUUUGACAAACUCCGCACUUGUUCUUCGGUCACCGUGGCGUGGCUGGGCACGCAGGAGAGAAACAAAUUCUGCAUCUACAAAAGGGAAGUGGAUGACAAUUACAACGAAGAGCAGAAGAAAAGAGAGCAGAACCAGUGCUUGGGUCCAGAUACAAGGAAGAAAUCGGAAAAGGUUCUCUGUAAAUACUUCCACAGCCAGAACAUCCAGAAAGCAGUGACCACAGAGACAAUCAGAGGCCUGCAGCCUGGCAAGUCCUACCUGCUGGAUGUUUACGUGAUAGGGCACGGCGGGCACUCCGUGAAAUAUCAGAGCAAAUUGGUGAAAACGAGGAAGUUCUGUUAGUGCCCCUGUACAUAGAAAUAUAUGGAACUCCAGUCUGAACAUUAUCCUACUUCCAAGUAUAUGGAUUGACUACUUGCACAGCUGAGAAGUUGUGACCUGUAUUUGUACUGUGUAGAAAAGAUAUCAACUUGUAUAUUUAUGUUUACAUAAGUAAUUGUUUGGAGGAACUGAGGCUGGUGCUCUCUGGUAGCAUCUGGCGACGGUAUUAUCGUGUGUCCAGUGACCCACAUGUGAUGCUCAGUAGAUGUCCAAGGUAGCAGGAAACCUCGAAGGAACUGGCACUCCUUUGCUUCUGUAUUGCAUGAACUGCUUCUAAAUUAUUUUAUACUUAAAAGGCUGAGAUACAUCAUUCGUCCACCUUGUUAUUCACACACAAAACUCACAGACGUACACCCUUUCUCUCAGUGUAGAUGGUAGGGUUUCUGUAAAUUAUUUUAUAGAGUCUUGUUUUAAAUGUUUAUGUUUCUAUGAUUGUAAACUAUUAAAAUCUCUCCCCAACAAAAUACAGAUCUAAACUAAGUAUUAACUGGGCUGCACAUGAAGCAGUUUUAUUGCUAAUGUAAAUUCUUACCUAGCUGAUUUUCAUGUUUAAAUACUGUAUGUAUUUCAUGUACAAAGUUGCCAUAACAUUAUAUUCCUGUACAUAAAAUUAAAAAUAUUAGAUUAUA